AUGAAGAACUAUUUGCUACUUGCCGUUUUGGCAUUGGCGUCAACCUUUAGUGGCCAUGUUUAUGCUGACACCGCUUUGACCAGUACGAGCUCCUUGUCAUGUGUUAAGAACUAUGGCUAUGAUCAUGCUAUUAUCCGUUGCUACAUCGAAGCCUGGGGCAGAAAUCCGGGAGGCCUGAUUGACUCAAACUGCUACCAGAAUUACUUGAAUGCCAGAUCUGCCGGAUUCACCUCGAUUGAUAUUUACUGGCUCCCUUGCACUGGCCGCUCCACGUGCAAGUCGCCUGCUACUCAGCUUAACGAGAUCAUUACCUAUGUUGGCGACAACAAUAUGAUUGUUGGUACUUUGUGGCUCGAUGUUGAAGUCGAUUCUGCUGCUAACAAUUGGCCCUCGACCUCCGCUGCCCGAACAACUCUGCAGCAGUUCAAGUCGGCUUUGGAUAGCUCUGACUGGAAGUGGGGCGUCUACUCCAGCUACUACCAAUGGCAAACCAUUACUGGCUCUGUAUCCUGGGUUCUUGACAGCUCCGUACCCCUUUGGUACGCUGGCUGGGAUUACGCUUUGAGCUUCAACAACUUCUCUCCUUUCGGUGGCUGGUCUACACCUACUAUUAAGCAAUAUGCAGGUGAUGAAGUUUUCUGCUCGGCCAACUACGAUAAGAAUUACUAUGGUCAAAACUACUGUUUCAGCUUACAUCCUUUUAUAACGUAUCUUCAAUAA